AUGGGGAAUCAAGCCGAUAAAAAGUUCAGUUGGGUGAUAAAGAAUUUUUCCUCUUUGGGGUAUGAGGCAGUUUAUUCCGAUGUAUUCGUUGCCGGACGCUGCAAAUGGCGUCUUCUCGCCUAUCCAAAGGGAAUUGAUAAGAAUAACCUUCAUUGUUCUCUGUAUGUGGUUGUUGCUAAUACUGAAUCUUUGCCUUCUGGAUGGAGAAGACACGCUAAGUUUUCUUUUACUCUUGUAAAUAAAAAUCCGGAAGAAGCCUCCCAGCUGCGAGAAACACAACACUGGUUUGAUGGGAAAAACAAGGUCGGUGGUUUUCCAUCCAUGAUUCGUGUUUACGACCUUCAUAGGUUUAUGGUUAACGGUGAAGUCAAGAUUGUAGCAGAGAUUGAUGUUCUUCAAGUCAUUGGCAUGUUAGAUGUAUCAUUGGAAACUACGGAAAGUGUGGUGGAUAUCAAUGGGUUUCAAGUACUUGCGUCACAGAAUCCGCAUCUGAGGACAACAUACUUGAAUGUCCUACUAAGCCUGUUUGAGAUUCUAUGCAAGUCCCCAAAGAAACUCUCCACUGGUGAUCUGGCUGACGCAUAUUCCUCGCUGAGGUAUGUGACAGCAUCGGGGUUUGAGCUGGACUGGUUGGAGAAGAAACUGAAAGAAGCUGGUGAGACUCGGAUUCAAGAAAUUGAGCAAGAGCUGAAGCACUUGACGCAAAAACGCGCAGACAUGGAGGCUCUACUGAAGUUCUUAAAAUGA